AUGCUAAAUAAUCUGUUAAAUUCCUGUGCUUUUUCAAAUGUCCCAAAAAGAUUUUCCUUAAAAACGAUGUCUACUUUGGUGUAUCGUAACAAAAACCCAAGAAAUCUUGAACUUCUUGGUCUAGCACCGAAAACGAAAGGUUGGGAAUUUCAAGCUCCACGAAAAGACUUCUGGAAUAAAGUAGUCUUAAAUAGAGAACCUCAUAAUACAACAGGUCUUGUUGUUCAUGCUUCUUCAAAAGUGCUGAUCUCUGCUUCAACUAAAGAAGUUAACAUCAGAAAACAUUUAUAUAGUUGUAUUGAUGUUUCAGCUGCAGAAAAUGUUGGAAGAGUGUUGGCCUUAAGAUGUCACCAAUGUGGUUUCACGGAGUUAUUUUCAGAAACGAGCGAGAUAUAUAAAGAAAACGAAAGCACUAGAGCUUUCUACGAGUCCUUGUUGAAUGGUGGUAUACAACUGAAGGAGACACCACCUAUUGAAGAGUUGGAUGCCAUUGGGAUAGAUUAUGACAGUAUGUCAGAUGAAGAAAAACGUGCUAUGUAUCCGAGCCUUAUUGAAACACUUCGUACUACACCCGACUGGGAUAACAUCCCUUAUCCGUAUUCACUUAGACCUAGAGCAGGUUCAUAUAAACUAAAAAGUCGUUAUCAAGUAAGUUUAAUUUUAUUUUACUAACACUUUAAAUGUAUAUUUUUUCCUCAUUCAUUUUUGUUCUGAGUGAAAUUGGCGAAACUCGCCUAAAAAUAUGUGCGUGAGCAGUUUAUUUGUACGAUUGUUUACAUAACAGGAUCCAAAUUCACAUUUGUUUGCCGUUAUCACAUGCAUUAAAUUCUUUCAAAAAUCCGUCAAGGUAUGGUAUGGGAUCCAUAUUACUCGAGAAUGGUGCAUCCACGAAACAAAGCUUAUUGGCAGCACGACUAUGAAGAGUUGCAAAAGAAGAAACUUGAGUCUUUGGGAGACUUAAACAAGAGUGAAGAACCAGUUAAAACAAUUGUUCCAUCUAAGUGGCAGUUAAUGUAGAACAGUUCACCUAAUACAACUUAAGUUGUAUACAUACUAUAAUGUACAUAAAAUGAUUUUACUGAUACAAGGUUUUCAUUGUUUUCUCUACACAGACGGGGAUUUAACAUGUCUCAUUCUAAAUCAUC